AUGAUUCUAGUGCUUGAAGCACCCUUUGUUGUUGAAGCACUCUUUGUUGUUGAAGCAUUCUUUGUAGUUGAAGCACCCUUUGUAGUUGAAGCACCCUUUGUUGUUGAAGCACUCUUUGUUGUUGAAGCAUUCUUUGUAGUUGAAGCACCCUUUGUUGUUGAAGCACUCUUUGUUGUUGAAGCACCCUUUGUUGUUGAAGCACUCUUUGUAGUUGAAGCACCCUUUGUAGUUGAAACACCCUUUGUUGUUGAAGCACUCUUUGUAGUUGAGGCAACCUUUGUGGUUGAAGUACCCUUUGUGCUUGAAGAAGCUGCAGUGCUAGUCAAAGUUAUGUCUAUCAUUCUUUCAAGUAAAAAUAAAGAUCAACUUCUCUUCGAGGGCUUUCGUUAUCGUCGUGACAGAUCGGUUUGGCAGUGUAUCAAAGACAAGUACAAAGGUCGUGCUCGAUUUGAUGAAAAUAUUUAUGAAGCAUAUAAAAAUCAUACAUGUCAAGCACCAAAUCCAGAAGAAAUUGAAAAAGCUGUAUAUAAUUAUGAAAUUCGAAAAAAAGCUGAAAAUCCUCAUGAUCCACCAUGUUUAAUAAUUCAAGAAGCAAGAUUAAAAUUAUCUUCAGACGCGGCUGCUGUUAUUUCACAAUAUUUAGCAUCACAACGUUCAGUUCAGCGUAUCCGAAAGGAUAAUGAUAUUCCAAAAGAACCUACUUCGUUUAGUGAAAUUGUUAUUCCACUUAAAUUUCAAUUAAGAACUUCAAAUCAACAAUUUUUACUAUAUGAUAACGAUGAUAAUCAAAAUCGAUUAUUAAUAUUUGCAAGUCGAGACCAACUGGAUCUUCUUAAUGGACGUGAAGUAUGGCAUUGCGAUGGUACCUUCGCGGUUGCACCAAAAUUAUUUGAGCAAACGUAUUCUAUUCAUGGCUUAAUUCGUGGAAAAACAUUACCGUUAAUAUAUUCUCUUUUACCAAAUAAAAAAGAAGAAACAUAUGAAACAUUAUUUCGAGUAGUACAACAGCAUGUUCAACGCGUGCCACGUUAUAUAACAAUAGAUUUCGAAAAAGGAGCAGAAAAUGCAUUUGCUAUUGUGUAUCCUCAAAUGUUUUUUCUUCGUUUUUUACGGGAACUUGGUCUGAAAAAAGAAUUUCUUGAAAAUAACAUUAGUCGUCGAACUAUGAAAAAUUUAGCAGCAUUAGCAUUUGUUCCUGAACAAGAUGUCAUUCGAACAUUUACUGAAAUUAAAGAAUCUGCUAAUGAAAUCUUAGACGGUAAAAACCUUUACCUUUAUGCAUACUUUCACUAUUUGAAAGCGUUGAACUUUUAGAUCUGAUUAUAUACUUUGAAGACAAUUAUAUCGGCAGAAAAAUGUCAAGAAAUCGUUGAAGUCCUCCUCGAUUUAAUAUCUCCAUGUGGAAUUGUUUUAGAAGAAUUAACCUCGAUUUACCCAGAACUAAUAACGGAGCAGAGGGCUGGCACAACGCUUUUCAUCUAAGAAUAUAUAAUUAUAUAUCUUUAAACUUAACUAUGGAACAACUUUUUGUAGAAUAUGAUUGGUGAUCAUCCAAGCUUUUUCGAAUUUCUCAAAGAUAUCAUUAGAGAAGAGAAAAAUACAAAUGUUGUUUCAACUCAAAUGCUCAUUUGUACAACUACACAAACUAAACGAAAAAAAUAUGAAAAGAUCAAUGAUCGCGUCAAAGAUAUGGCGAAAAAUUAUCUCGAUGGUUCACGCGAAGAUUAUUUGAAAAUAGCGAGAUCAGUAUAUAAUUUUUGAAGUUCUAACUCUAUUCACUUGCUGUGCGAUGUUAUUUGUGUAAUUUCUUUUUGUAUGUAUUUGUUCAAUAAAUUGAUACUCAUUGAAAAGCAUAUCUAUUAACUUGAAUAUAUGAAAACAAUUCGUCAGGUAAUAAUCAGUGAAAUAGUAUGAUGCGCGGAAAUGUCCAUGCGCGAACAUGUCGUUGCGCGAAAGUAUCGUCCGCGGUAACGUCGGCGCGGAAAUGUCGUGCGCGGAAAUCUCGUGUCACGGCAUUUUCGAACAUUUCACCCUGAGUGAAGCAUACGGUCGGGGGUGUGGGUGUGGGUGUGUGGAUGUGGUGGUGGGUGUGGGUGUUGUGGUGGGUAUGGAGUGUGUGAGUGUGGAUUUGGGUGUGGGGGUGUGGGUACGGGUGUGGGUGUGGAUGGGUGUGGGAUGGGUGUGGGUGUGUGGGUGUAGAUGUGAGUGUGGGUCCUGUUCUUCUAAACUCUAAAAAAAAUAGGUAUCCUAGAAAAUCCUUAGAGGGUUUCCGAAUUUGUUACUAUAGGAAACCCUUUAAGGCUUUCCGAAGAAGGGUUUCUGAGGUCUCGGAAACCCAUAAUGUCCAUCAUAUCGAAACCUCAAAUACUCAUUCGGAAACCCGAAAAAAAAGGUUUCCGAAUGAAAAAAAGCUGUAGCUAGCUACUCAGAAAAAAAGAUGUCAUACUGAACCUUUUAAGGUUCUAGAUUUGGCUACCAUUUUCCGAGCCAUUUAAGGUUUAAUCAAAAACUGGUUCUAGCUGGAACCUUUCCCUUUUUCUUCCAAAACUGGUUCUAGAGUAGUAAAAUGUAGUCCGCCACACUCAAUUACUCUAGUACUGGCGAGUACUGCUAUAACCAAUCGUUAAUUUCAUAUUUAACCCCUUAUUUCUACCUCUAAACCUUAAUUCCAUCCUUAACCCUUAAACCUAUCCUUAACCCUUAUUUCUAUCUUUAACUCUUAAACCUAUCCUUAAUCCUAAUCCCUAUCCUUAACCCUUAAAACUAUCCCUAACCCUUAUCUCUAUGUGUUAUAUUUACCUACAGGGUGUCCCAAAAGUCCCCAACAAAAGUUUUUGUAAAUAUCUCUUAUACAAUUUCAGCGAUUUAAUCGGUUUUUUUAUAACAUGAUAUCAUAUUCUUUUAAGUUUUAUUUUAGUAACAAAACCGUUAACAGAUACUAUUUUGAACUGUCACUUUUGACUUCAAUAUCCAAGUGUACCCACUUUCGAUUUCUAAACUAACAUUUUCGAAGGAAAUUUCCCGAGAUAUUUAUUCCGACCUGAAGCGUUGACCAAAUCGAGGGCUCACUCAGACUAGCUUCGGUAUAAAAUUUCAGAAGUUUUCGAUGUAGUUUUUCUGAGAUAUGAAUUUUUCAAAAUUUAGGCGUUUGUCCAUGUAACUUUUGCAAAAUUUGAAAAAUGCAUAUCUCAAAAAUACUAGAUCCAAAAGUUCUAAAAUUUUGGCCAGAAGCUAGUCUGAGUGAGACUUCGCGUUGGGCAAAGUUUCAGGUCAAAAUUCGAAACUAUAAUUGCCUUUUGAAAAUGGGGGUCAUCAGGGACAUAACCCACUAAAAAUUUCAUAUCCCAGCCAAAACUGCAUAAAAGCAUGAACCUUUUGGAGGUCGUUGUAGUAGAGUGGUCGUGUAGCAAAAGGAAAAAUAUGACCUCAAAAGUGUCUAAUCAUCAUAUGGGCUCAAAAGCUUUUCAUCAUCUCGGGUAUUCGUAUUUUAGAAAAAUCGAAAAUUGAUACAUUUUGAUAUUGAAGUCAAAAGUGACAGUUCAAAAUAGUAUCUGUUAACGAUUUUGUUAUUAAAAUAAAACUUAAAAGAAUAAGCUAUCAUGUUAUUAAAAAAACGAUUAAAUUGCGUGAAUGGUAUAAGAGAUAUUUACAAAAACUUUUGUUGGGGACUUUUGAGACACCCUGUAGAUUUGUUGUGAGCACAAUAAGAGCCAGCGCUUCGUUCUCUAUUCGCACAAAAAGGGCAUCGCCGUUACGUGUUGUUGAGAUGAUCCUAAACAAAAAGAAGAAGAGUAACUUAUAUUGUAAGAUUGAACUUACCACUGAAUUGAUUAUUUACAAAUUCCCAAAUAGAUAACAACAUUAACUCAUUUAAUCAUAUUGAACUUGCAUUUCAAUUGAUUAUUGCUACAUACUUAAAUAAAGAAAAUAUUGAAGUCAUUUAAUCAGAUUGCAAUUACCUUUCUAUCAAUAAUUGUGACAUAUCAAAAUAGGUAAUAGAAUAAUCACAUUUUAUAAGUUACCACUUAUUAUUGAAUUGCUUAUCGAGACACAUCUGCACAGGUUCAUGAAUCCAACAAUGGGAUCUGAUCGGAGCCGGCCAGAUCCCACAGCAUUCUGAUAUAAUCCCCUCGCAUCUUAUAAGGAUCCGAUAGGAAUACAUCGAAUGCCCGGGUUGAGUAAUCCGACUCGUAUCCCCAGGGUCGAAAUCGAUGGUGGCGGAUUCGGAUUUCUGGACCUCAAUAACCUAUUUCAAACUUUGAUCAAAAUUCAGAUCGGAGUUGAAAUAAAAAGUCUAACUUUGCAGCCGUCGAUUUUUUGAUGGGCCCAAUUUCUGACCAAUGGGAGCUCGGAUCGAAAAAAUGAUGACGGAUUCGGAUUCCUAGACCUCGGUAACCUAUUUCAGAUUUACAUUAGUUAAAUCAUGUUCAGAAAAUAUCGCAUCUUGGUUUUAGCUAGAACCAUUUUGGAAAAAUGAUUCAGCGUAAAAAAAAUGGUGCAAGACAGAACCCUUUCAAACACCCGGAACUAUGCAUGAUCUGAAAUGGUUCUUUAAAGUCGCUAGAACCCUCGAUGGUUUAUUAAUAAACGAAUAAAACCUUGAAAGGUUUAGUAUCUUCGGUAGAAGCAUUUUUGAGUCCAAAUGGUUCAGUAUGACGCCUUUUUUUCGAGAGUACGAAAUGUUUAAAUCAUCGGGAAUCCUUUAAAAUGUUCAAUGAAAGUUCAGACUCCUAUUUUAGUUGACUGUGACACCAUUUUCAAUUUAGGUAUUUUCGUAAACCCAUUUUGGAUUCUUAUAAUACCCUUUUGAAAUUGGGUUUUUUCGGAAACCAUUCAGGAAAUGAAAAGGUACUUUCGCAUACCCUUUCGGAUACUAACUCAGUUUUUCUUCUAAUAUGGGUUUUCGACAAUACCUUUCCAGUUUCCGAGACAACAUUUGGGUUUCCGACAGCAAGAAAAAGGUAUUCUAGAAUACUUUUAGAGUGUUCAAUUGGGGAGUGUAGGAAACCUCUAGGUUUCCGAACGUUGGGAAACCGAAAGGGUAUUUUUAGAAAAGCUUUCACUGUUCUGAAACCCUCUCGGAAACGGAUAAGGGUUUCCGAGUGGGUUUCCGAACCCCUUUCGUUUUUCUAGGAUACGGAAAUUUUUUAUAGUGUAUGAAUAACUAUUCUAUGACGACCCCAAUAAUGAAGAAUAGGGUGCACAGAAUGGUUAGGACUAUUCCAGAUAUAAUAAAUGCGGAAACUUCGGAUUUAAAUCCGAGCGUUAUGCGUACUUCAAAAAGUGAAUCAUACAAAUCAAUCAUCCUAGACUGCCUGAAUAUCAAAAUUAUACUGUGAAAUCUACCAUUUAAAAUGUUGAUUUCUAUUGCGCGUUGCCAAACCAAUAGGACAUGGGACCGAAUACAACUCAAGUUUGAACUCUUUCCCUUGAUUUACCCUAAGAAAGUCGUUUUUCCUAUAACUUCAUUUCUAUUGGUCACUGCACAACUAAUAGUAUUUCGAUGGAAGUGCAGUACACAUUGGAGUUCUCCAUAUCUGAAACCCUCGAAGUAUCAUCAGUGUGACCGGAAGAAAAAGCUCUAUUUGUGGAUCAAUUAGAUCGUGGACCAAAAUAUAACCCAGUUCUCUUUAAUCAUGCUUGUCUUAGGUAAGUCAACCUUCUUGUUUCUUUAUGUUUUAUAUAUCAUUUUGUAGUUCUUGAAAUUCUCUAUCGAAUGGUAUAUAAUAGUUGGGGUUUUAAUUGACUAUGAUAGGAAAAGUCUUUUACGAAAGUGGCGAUGGGUCCAUUUUUCCACAGAAAGCUGUAGGGAAAAAUGGGUAUCUUUGCAAUAACUCAGGAAUGGCUCGGCCGAUCCUUCUCAUCUUCGAACUCGACCGAGAUAUUGUCAAGACUAAGCUAUGUAGAAAGUUUCAUCGCAAUCUGACUCUGCUGUCAAAAGUUAUCAUGUAAACAGCCAACCGGACGGACGGACACACUGACUAUUCUGUAGUGUACUCACUUUUUGAGUACACAAAACUAUGAGUCGGUUCAAAACUAAUAUCAGAUUCAGAUUCAGCGUUAAAAACUGAGUCGAUUUAUGUAUUUUGUGAAUAAUUAUGAGCAAAAAAGUUUUUUUCGAAAAAUCCCCGUACCCCCCCUCAGGAAUGGUCUGGUUAAAAAUCACAAUUUUUUCGAUAACUUACACAUUUCUUAACGGAUCCUUCUCAUCUUCGAACUUGACCGAGAUAUUGUAAAGACUGAACUGUAUAGAAAAUUUCAUCGUGAUCGGACUCUCUUUUCGAAAGUUAUCGUGUAAACGGCUGGACGGCCGGCCGGUCAUACUGACCGAUUCUAGAGUGUACUCACUUUUUGAGUAUACAAAAAGAUUUUGAGAGCUCUCAUUGUGAUAUUCUUAACCAGCACCUCUCAAUCUACCACUACAUCUGAUUUUGACUCGUGAAAAAAAAAAAAAUUUUUUUUUUCGUGAUACCUGAGGGGGACCCCAGGCACAAAAAUGGUCAAUGUCGAUUUUCGGGGAAUAAAGUUGAAAAAAGUGAUCAGAGACGUUCCCGCUUUCCACAAGUCAGAAACGCUCACGCUCAUGAGCGCUCACAUGAGCGUGAGCGUGAGCGCUCAUACCGCUCACGGGAGCGUGAGCGUGAGCUGUACACCCCUAAAACCAUUACGUGCUGUUUUGUUUUACGAAAGAUCGAUGAGAAUUAAGCCUAUCAUCGAACAUGAAAGAAUAUACCUUGUGUAAUUUUGAUGUAUCCUUCGACUAUCUCGCAUGUUCACAUUUACUCUCAUUUGUAUAUAUACAUAUAUAUG